AUGAUACAUACAAGAUAUCCCAUCUCAAUACGAAGGAAUCUCAAAAAGGUAGUUCUCAGGGAUUGCGCAUCAUCACGAAGAUUGUCUUCAUCCGCUCAAGAGGUUUACUUGGAGCAUGUAUCAUCAAAUCCGGAACUACGAGGACUCACAUUUUUGAACUUGAACCGACCAACAGCGCGAAACGCGAUAUCAAGUAAACUUCUUUCGGAGCUUUCCGAGGCUCUUGAGACUGUUCGGUUCGAUGGUACCAGGGUUCUUGUCUUGAAGUCGUCUGCUCCCGGAUCGUUCUGCGCUGGAGCCGAUUUGAAAGAACGGCAGCAUAUGACCAAGCUUGAGGUCUCUAAAUUCCUAUAUGAACUCAGGAACGCAUUUCAUGACUUGGAGAAUCUUCCAAUGCCCACUAUCGCGGCAAUUGAUGGUCCGGCGCUUGGAGGAGGUCUAGAGCUUGCUUUGGCUUGCGAUUUGAGAGUCGCAGGGCCUGGAGCAUCAAAGAUUGGACUGACAGAAACAAGACUAGGGAUUAUUCCUGGAGCCGGCGGUACCCAACGCGUCUCGCGGUUACUCGGCCUCUCAAAGGCUAAGGACUUGAUAUUUGGGGCAAAGAUGCUAAAUGCGCAACAGGCAUAUCAUAUGGGCUUAGUCGAUUAUAUUUCAGAAGGCGGCAUGUCUGCUACUGAGCUUGCUAUCAAAGUUGCUCAAGGCAUCUUACCCAAUGGUCCAGUUGCGAUACAGGCCGCAAAGCUGUCCAUCAAUCGUAGCAUUGAAGUUGAUCUUCAAACAGGGCUUGAUUUUGAGCGACAAUGUUAUGAAACUGUGUUACGCAGCAAGGACCGGUUAGAAGGUUUAAGCGCCUUCAACGAGAAGCGAAAGCCACGGUUCACUGGUGAAUGA